CAAAUGUCAUCCUUUUCUGUGCUUUUUUUUGCAUUGCAUUGUUUACAUUUUUUCAUCCCAGCUGAUAACGAAAAACAAUUUACAUCUUCGUUGUAGCAAGAAGAAUCUAGAAAAGUGCAUGCGUUAUCCACGCACCGUCCAAUGAUACGCAAAGUGAUGGCUGAGAUAGACGUGAAAUUGGGCAUCCGACAAACGUUGCAGAAGAUCGAGGAAGUCUACAGCAAAAGAUCGUCGCUCAGCAAUGCCCCCAAACCUUUGCUUGUGGCAGUCAGUAAAACUAAACCGAUCGAUCUGAUUCUGGACGCUUAUUCCGUGGGCCAACGUGAUUUCGGCGAAAACUAUGUCCAAGAGCUGGUGGAGAAAGCGAAUGAUGGUAGAAUCCUGGAACACUGUCAGGAUAUUCGAUGGCAUUUUAUUGGCCAUUUGCAGAGUAACAAGAUUAAUAAGGUGCUGAAUCUUCCGAACUUGCACAUGAUUCAAACGGUGCACAGCAUCAAGCUAGCGGAAGGAUUGAACAAGGCGUGGGAAAAGUUGAAGGCAGAAAAUGCUGAAAAACAACCGAAGCUAAAUGUGCUGGUACAAAUAAACACCAGUGGCGAAGAUGAAAAAAAUGGUGUCCAGCCAGAAGAUGCCGUGGGAUUGUUUCGAUACGUAGUGGACAAGUGCCCUAAUCUGAACUGCGAAGGUGUGAUGACGAUCGGUCGAUUUGGACACGAUUAUACGGCCGGGCCAAAUCCGGACUUUGGUACGUUGAUGAAAUGUCAUCAAGAUAUCUGCAGUACAUUCGAGCGAGACCCAGCCGACCUGCAGGUGUCAAUGGGCAUGUCGGAUGAUUUCGUGCAAGCGAUCGAAGCGGGCAGCACCAUUGUGCGCGUGGGUAGUUCUAUUUUCGGGGCUAGGGCCAAGAAACCAACUGAUGCGUGAGCGAAACGCCAAACCACGAAGACAGCCGUACGGUUAGGAGCGGCUCUCGAUCCAAUAGAACACACGCCAUUCACACCAGUGUGUUUGUGAAAACCAACGAGAUUUUCCCUUGUUUUUUACUUUCUUCGUAGCACCAAAUACCAUCGGGGGUAAUUUUGUAAAAAUCGGAAGGUGGUUGAAUGUAAAAGCAAAAACAGACAAUACCACCAAUAAACAUUAUAUACGUUGCAUGCGAUCCUGAGGAUUGACGCCACCGGCUGUUAAGUAACUUCGUUCUUGUGCAAUAUAAAAUGUGUUGAAUGAA